AUGUCGUUCCGCUCACUGUCCCGCACCCCGAGUUCAAAGUAUAGAGAUUCGGAACUUGUUUGCCAAAAGCUUCCGACUGGAGAAUAUAACGCGACAAUCGAUGAAGUUCUUGCCUCCAACGAAGCAGGCCCAGUACCUGGCAAUAGCAAUGUGGCGGAACGGUCUAAGAGUGAUGCCCACCAUUCAAUUAGUUCAGACAUUUGCGUUUCACCGUCAUGGUCUCGCGCUGCCCAGAAAAAGCGCGAAAAAAAGGAGCAAAGAAAGAAAAUGGAAAAAGAGCAAAAGGAACUAGAAAAGAAACUGAAGCAGGAAGCCAAAAGAGCAUCUAGACCUGAGUCCAGAGAACCCCGGCGAUUGCAAAAGCGGCCAAACCAGGUGAAUUCAAGUAGAGCCUCUAGCGCCCACAGUGCUUUUCCACGACCAUCGACGGCGUCAUCAUUGGUAUCAUUGUGGACAAAGAGAACGUCAAAGGCUAGCUCUGUCAACGAGCAGAGCCAAGAGGAAGUCAAGAAGAAGCCUCGUAGAUUUUCCUUUGGUGGCGAUGAUUCGUCAAAGGGGAAACUGAGAUUCAAUGUUUGGCCUCGACGGUCUACAAAGCCUCAGGAACCAUCAACUCCGGAUAAUUCAACUGGUGCCAAUUCCACGCCUCUCGAUUUUCAGAAACGCUCCCUUCAUACGGUAAGGAAGCAUUUUGAUUUACGUGCGAGUGCAAGGGAAUCUAAAGAAUCCCGCCACGACGAUGCCCAAACUGUGUAUGGUCAGCUGGGGCCCUCCGAGAUGUAUCAAGAUAUCCCGAGUUACCGUGACGAACAAGCCCCAAAUAGAAAUGGUGAAAGUAUCCAAGUCCAGUCUUCGAGAGAUCGCGUCUUCCCACGUCAACAGGAGCGGCUAUCAUUGGAGGCACUUGACAUUGCGAAAGCUGGUAAAGCUUCCGGCCCUGCUACGCAGCACCAGUCUCUAGGUUCGCGUGCAAUUUCUGGCACAACCCAGUCACAACCUCCAAACAAAGCGCAAAGGCACAUCGAGGGCCCACGGAGUAAGGAGCACCAACCAGCUCGGAAUAUGAACUCGAAAUCUCUUAGAAACGCAGUGGAAACAGCGAGAAUAUCUUCAACCCCAAGGCGGCGGUCCCCUAAACGAAGCCAGCCCGUUAGCGAAACGUCUUCUCAGCAUUCCCCGGCUCAAAGCGCGGGAAUGGAAGCCGCCAACACGCAGCCUAACGAGGCCUCACCAUCCGAUUCGUCCAAUGCGAAAAAGUUGCAAUCUCCAGCCCGAGAUGAUGGUGCACUCAACGGACCAGAUCAAGCUCAAACUACUCUAGCAAAAGCUACGACUGAUAAGGACAAACCACUUCCGUCUCAGACGCCCCCGACGCGUUCUAAUGGCUCUCGACCAGAACACCCGCGUAUGCCCUCCAGCUAUAGUCGGGAUGCUAGUUUCCGUUCAUCCCCCCUGGCUAGUCCUCCGCUUGUUGUCCAGGGCCCUUCAGAUGCGACCCAAUCUCCGAUGGAUGGAGAGCAAGAGCAACGUACUUUUGUCUCGCGAGGUCCGACGAAGACACGUCGCAACUCCUUCCAAGGAUAUAUAGACUCCAAGAAGCUUUCCAUUCCUCGACUUUUGGGCCAAAGCAGGAAAGGUAAAACUGGUGAAAAUAUCGACUUAACAAAGAACGAAGACAUGGGAAGGUCAGGGCCGGCUCCAAUAAUUUCAAAGUCCGAUCCUGCUACAAUUGCCUCACUUGUCGACACGGGUACUACUAGUCAAUCUGAACACAGUACUCAAAAUAAUACUGCUUCAAACACAGAUAUCGACUCCCCAACGUCGGAAGCACUUAACUCCGCACGGGCUAGUCAAAACUCCAAUGAUAUCAUGCAAAAGUUGCGAUCCAGCGGCGGCCAGAGAGAAAAGCUAAGGAAACGAGCACUAUCAAUGGAUGUUAGUUCCGGGUCCGGCUCUAGAUUUUCCGCUCUAGAGAAACAACGCCUUGCCAACAAUGAUACUUUACCGGAGAGGCGUAUAUUACCAUCAAAAGUACAAGCACCACAAGAUGCGUACUCGUCUCGUCUCCCUGCCAAUACCGGAAAAAAGCUAUCUACGGAGUUACCGAAGGAGACACCAAUCGUUAGCCCAAGCUCCGGUUAUUUUCGGCAACGUUCCGCAACGGAGUAUAUUCCUACCACCCCAAGUGCUCUGAGCCUCCAUCGAGGGAUAGCUGCAUCGCCCAAGAACCUCGGAUCCGGUAGAGCCGUGGGCCAGCAAAUCGCCAAAAUGUUUGUCAUAUGUUGCCAAUGCAAACACUGGCAUGACAUGACAACUCAGGCCUACGCUAAAUUGGCUUUCCCAGACGGCACACAGGAUUCGGGCCGGAUGGUUACAGGAUCCCUCACCCCUCUUGAUGGACUUGGAUCUCCGCCGAGGAUAUUCAGUGAAUCACCAGUGGGCAGCGCCAAUUCGUCUCGCACGAGUCUUGGAGUUAAAGAAGGCAAGGCACCUGCUAAACCGAUAGGGCCGGGAAACGGCUCGAAAUCGAAUUUGUUAAAUCAUUCAACUACCUGUUGCUGGUGCUAUCAUCCAAUGACGAAAACUUGCUGUGCCGGAUGGACGACAGUCGUGACAAUGCGAGAACGUCACCAUUGA